AUCAGCGGGCGUUUGAAACUUCCGAAACGUUCACGUGCUUAGUUUUUGUUUCUUUCUCUUCCAAUCAACACUUUUGAGUCUUUUUUUUUGGGUUUUUUUUUAGUUUAUUGCGUUUAAAUACUUAACACAAGGGGUCUUAAAAUAAUUAUCUUGUGACUAUUGUAUUAAUAACUUAAAUUUAUAUACUACAUUGUUUUUUUCGCGACAAGAUCAUAAUUUAUACCGCCGAGUCUCGUACUCGUGAAUUCUGGUUUUCCAGAUGUUUUAUUAUUAAGUAUUAACGAUAACAAACGGUGCCUAUACUCAUACGAUGUGGUUGAUUGCUUCGUCUUCCUAGCCUGUCUUCCUACCUUGUUUUAACUACCCAAGUGCGUGCAAAAGUGUUUAUUAAUAUAAAAAAAAUCCAUGUCGAAAAAACCAAAUACACAUUCACCGCAGUCCUCCGAUAAUCACCAAGAUCAAAAUGGUUACGAAGAAGAAGGCGGUCCUUGUUCGGAUGCCGUAGACUGUUUAGGAUUCAGGGAUAGUCGGACGAUUUACAUAAAUGCACCUCAGCGGGUCAAGAGCUGCUCAAAUCGCAUAUCCACCGCCAAGUACAGUCUGGUAUCGUUCCUGCCAAUAUUUCUGUUCGAACAAUUUCGACGUUACUCUAAUUGUUUUUUUCUACUCAUUGCGCUACUGCAGCAAAUACCUGAAGUAUCACCGACUGGUCGGUUUACUACAUUAGUGCCUUUGUGUUUUAUACUCUUAGUAUCCGCAGUUAAAGAAAUUAUCGAAGACUUUAAGAGACAUAGAGCUGAUCGAGAAGUUAAUCACAGACAAGUGGAGGUGCUGUCUGAUGGAGCGUGGACACCAGAACGAUGGGACCUCAUAAAUGUAGGCGACAUUGUCAAAGUAAAAAAUAACACAUUUUUCCCGGCCGAUCUUUUAAUAAUUUCUUCGAGCGAACCACAAAGCAUGUGUUACAUCGAAACGAUGAACCUAGAUGGCGAAACCAACCUCAAAAUCCGACAAGGUCUUCCAGAAACGUCACAAUACAUUGACCCCAAAGAUCUCACACACUUAAAAGGCACAAUUGAGUGCGAACUUCCAAACCGAUUGAUAUACGACUUUAACGGCAGUUUGAAACUAUCGGAUAGAGUGCCACUGUCUUUAGGUCCAAAUAACUUGUUAUUGCGGGGCGCCAUGCUACGCAACACCCCAUGGGUGUGUAGUGUAGUGGUUUACACUGGCCACGAGACCAAGCUGAUGAUGAACCAGACGUCUGCACCGUUGAAAAGGUCAACAGUCGACAAAAUCGUUAACACACAGAUAAUAAUGUUGUUCUUGUUGCUGUGCACACUAUGUUUGGUCAGUGCGUUUUGCAACAUAGUCUGGAGUAAACAAAAAGGUGUCAAAGACUGGUACAUGGAUUUGAAAGUAGGAACCUAUAGUUUCACGCUCAAUCUUCUCACAUUUUUUAUUCUUUUCAACAAUUUGAUUCCAAUUUCUCUUCAAGUGACCGUUGAGGUCGUUCGCUUCAUGCAAGCGGCGUUCAUCAAUUACGACAUUGAUAUGUAUCACGCAGAGAGUAAUACUCCAGCCAUGGCCAGAACGUCAAAUUUAAACGAAGAACUGGGCAUGGUCAAGUAUAUAUUUUCCGACAAGACUGGUACGUUAACGAGAAACGUCAUGGAGUUUAAACACUGUUCCAUAGCCGGUAUCCUUUACAUGGAAGGCAGCAAAAACACACUAUUAGACAACUCUAAACAUCACCAGACCAAAGAUUAUGUCACGGAGUUCUUAAAAAUGAUGGCCGUUUGCCACACGGUCAUUCCCGAAAAAGUCAAAGGCUCAGAUGAGAUGUUGUAUCAUGCUUCGUCUCCUGAUGAACAAGCUCUUCUAAAAGGAUGCCAGUCAUUAGGUUAUGUAUUCCAUUCUCGUACGCCAAAGUCAAUCCACAUAACUGCUUUGGACGUUGAAGAAGAGUACGAAUUGCUGAAUGUGAUUGAAUUCACUAGUAGUAGAAAGAGAAUGUCUGUCAUCGUUCGAACACCGGGGCAAAAAAUUAUUUUAUAUUGCAAAGGAGCUGAUACUGUUAUUUUUGAACGUCUCUCUCCGGACGAUCCGUACAAAGACAUUACACUGGAGCACCUUGAUCAAUUUGCAAAUGCCGGUUACCGUACCCUUUGUUUUGCAUAUGCAGAGAUCUCUGAGAGUUUCUACAAAAUAUGGAAUGAGGAUUUCAUUAAAGCUGCCAAUACACUUAAAGGCCGAGAAGAAGCCAUUGACGAGGUGGCUCAAAAAAUUGAAAUAGAACUAAAAUUGCUUGGCGCCACGGCCGUCGAGGAUAAAUUACAGGAUCAGGUACCCGAAACCAUAGCGUCUUUAUUGAAAGCAGGCAUUAACAUAUGGGUGCUAACCGGAGACAAACAAGAAACGGCAAUUAACAUUGGUUACUCGACAAAUUUAAUUUCACAAAGCACAUCGCUUAUAAUUCUCAACGAGACUACAUUGGAUGAACUUAGAGAAGCUCUGCGUCAUCAGCUAAAUAUGCUGGGCACAGCUGCCAGUAGCCCCGAAAAUACUUUUACAUUGGUCAUUGACGGCCAAGCACUGAAACACGCCUUGUCCCACGAUCUUAAAUUGGAUUUCUUGGAGUUAUGCAUGAAUUGUAAAUCGGUGAUUUGCUGUCGAGUGUCGCCCAUGCAAAAGGCUGAGGUAGUAGAAUUAGUAACAACCAACACGCAUCAAGUGACACUUGCGAUUGGUGAUGGGGCUAACGAUGUUGCGAUGAUUCAAAAAGCUCAUGUCGGUGUUGGAAUCUCCGGCGUGGAGGGACUGCAGGCAGCAUGUGCGUCUGACUAUUCAAUAGCUCAAUUUAAGUACUUGUUAAAGUUACUGUUGGUGCACGGAGCGUGGAACUAUAAUAGAAUGUCAAAGUUGAUUUUGUACAGUUUCUAUAAAAACAUUUGCCUGUACAUCAUCGAACUGUGGUUUGCGAUUUACUCCGGUUGGUCUGGACAAAUCAUAUUUGAGAGAUGGACAAUUGGAUUAUACAACGUGUUGUUUACAGCUGCUCCGCCAAUGGUGAUGGGCAUAUUCGACAUAGUGUGCACAGCACAAACAAGACUAAAAUAUCCUCAACUUUACUCGAAGACGGCAGACACGUUUAAUGUUCAAACAUUUUGGAUAUGGGUGGUGAAUGCUUUGUUUCAUUCGUUCUUGUUGUUUUGGAUAGUCGUGUUUGCUUUAAAACAUGAAGUCGUGUGGACCCACGGUAAAGAAGGUGGCUAUUUACUCAUGGGUAAUUUCAUUUACACGUAUGUCGUCAUUGUGGUGUGCCUUAAAGCUGGCCUACACAUACAGUCGUGGUCUUUUAUUGUACACAUCGCCAUUUGGGGCUCCAUCAUAAUGUGGUUUAUAUUUUUAGUAGCAUACAGUCACAUUUGGCCAAUAAUGCCUGUUGGCGCUAUUUUCACCGGUAUGGAUACAAUGGUGUUAUCAUCACUUAUGUUCUGGGCACUACUCCUAUUUACUCCAUUCGCUGUCUUGAGUUUUGAUUUGACCAUUCUAUCACUCAAAGAGACUCUCGGCAAAAGUCUUGUUCAGGCACUCCGGCAAAGUGAACUACACAAAACAGACCCAAUUACCGUUAAUAUACGGGAACAUAGAACAAAUGAAAAGGCAUUUCUGCUUAAGAACGUUAAAAAUGUUUUCAAUUUCAAAUCUCGGUUACAAUCGAACAGCGAUGUCGAAAUGAACCAUGGUUUCGCUUUUUCACAAGAAGAAGGAGGUGCCGUCAGCCAGUCGGACAUGAUACGAGCGUACAAUACGCGCUCACGGACCCCCGAACGAGUGUAACUAUUAAUUCUGAUCAGCAGUGUUAACUGGCCAGCUGUGUAAAUCAGAUGACGUAUUGUCCAAACAAUAAAAAAUAAUUAUAACAUUUUUAAUAUUUUUUAAUUUCAUUUAAAACCCACUUUUAUAUAAUUAUUGUUAUUGUAUCGUUGAUAUUAUAUCUAUUAUUUUUUACGGUUUUUAUUAUUAUUAUUAUUAUGUUGUUUUAUCUUAACUUUAGUCAUUAAAUUGAUCCUAUACCAAAUUCCCACCAACGGGUGUACACCAUAAUAAUAUUAUAAUAGCGUACGUCCGUUUUAGAUUGUUAGGUGUGUGUUGUGUGUUUCAUUAUUGUUAUUAUUAUUUUUUUUGUUAAUCAUCUACGUGUAACUAUUUAGUGUAUUUACAUCACUGUGAUAAGGAUAUAUAUAUAUAUAAUUUAUAAUAUAAUAUAUAUAUAAUUUAUUAUUAAAAAAUAUUUACAUAAUAACUGAAUAUUAUAUUCAAAUAUAUCGUAAUAUUUUUUUACAUACUUAUUAUUAUAUAAUCUUAUAUAUAAAACUAAAACUAUAAUACUUGCCUUUCACAAUAUUAAGUACAAAAUAUGGGAUAACGUUUUUAAGUUUGCUGUUUUGGCUAACAACAUACUAAUAGCUAUGUUAUAUGGCAGCUGUUAUUGUCAAUCGUUUGUAAUUUUUAUAUACCUAAAAUAAUAUUUGUUUUUUUCUAAACGAGUCAUUCAUUUUUUUUAAGCGCGUUUUGUGAUCUACAAUGUAUUAUAAGAUAAGAUAAGUUUUUUUUUAAUACAGUUAUCGAUUGUUUUCCAUUCGGUAAUAGUAAUUUUGUUUGCGUAAUUCAGUCUAGCAAUAAUUUUUGAAUUAUUUAUUGUUAUACUCAAAAUGUGUUUGAUUAUAAACAGCUGUAAUUCUCUUUAAUGUUAAUAAAAUAUUAGAAAAAACUUUUACUAAAUAUUUCAUUAAUUACACAAUUCAAAUUUAAUAAGUUAUUAUUUAUAUAUUUAUGUGAUAUAAACAAUAGCGUUUUGUACUAAAAUUUUCGUCAGACUUUCUUUUUUACAAACCAUUUUUAAGACGUGUAACGGUGGUAUUUUGUAGAAAAUAAUAAUUUGUAUGUAAAGUAUUAAUACUAACAGUAAGUGUACGGACGAAACAAAUGACCAUUAUUGUUCGUUGUUGUUUGAACCUAUAUCUUUAAUGUGUUUUUAUUUGAGAUUAUAAAACAAUCAUCAUAAA